AUGGAGGUUAUCUGGGCAUCUCUGGCAGCGCUUCGAGCGCACUUAGCUUUCAUGACCGGAUCAGACCCACUCCUUCCGGGUGAUCUCGACAGCUACGCGGAGGAGCUGCAAGAGAAGGAACAGCUGCUCCGCCAGAUUGCCAACGCGCAGGUCGGACCAGCGAGGCCACCACCUCCCGGUCCGGCCAGCACCUUCGACCGCUGCGCCUUGCCCAGCGUGAGCCAGCACCUCUUGGAUUACGAGGCCGUCCCUUACGAGGCAGCCAAGGCCCUCCGAGCCUUAGCCUCCCUUGCCUACAGUGAGCCCGUGGAGGUGGCGAAGGGGAGCUGCAUAGAGCAGCUGCUGCGAAUUCUUCGCCUCCAUCGUGAUUCUCUCGAGAUCCUGGCCUUGCGCUGCCUUUGUCACAUCUGCUUCUCCGCCGAAGCGGUCCGUUUCCUGCCAAUUCAGGUCCUGCCGGCUUUGCUUGAGACAGAGAAGGAGGAAGGCUCGAAGCUCGCUUUCGAGGCUAUGGCCCGGAUCCUGGUGGCCGAGGCCAGGGAGCGGCCAAGGCUCUCGCCGGAGCUCUUCCGAGCGCAGUUUCAGAGAGACGAAAGAGACAAGCAGCGUGCGAAGUCCUUCAAAGAGAUGCUCUUUCAGAGCGUUCAGGGCGAGCUCGUGCCGGCGACGUUCCUGGCCGAGCAGUUUCUCGCCGCGGCACCGGUUUCCAUGAGAAAGGACACGGAAGAAGUCACGGCGGCGGGUUGGCUCUGGAUGCUCGCAGAGUUGCUUGAUACGAAGGGAAACAAAGAGCUGUCUGAAGCUCUGGUGUGUCAGAGCUUGGUCAAAGGCAUCACUACUGCAACAACUGCUCUCAUGGACAUGCACACAACUUCGCUCAAUGUGCAGUGUCAGGGCAUCGCUGCACUGGCAGCCUUGGCCCGGAAGAGAAGUGGCCCGAUGGCCAUAGCAGAGGUGAGCGGCGUGAGGCGGGUUGAGAAAGCGCUGCGUGCACUUGGAGACGAUGCAUCACUUAGCUGCAGCUCCAUCUCGUUCUUGGUUUCAGUGCUGGACUGGCCACUACCAGCUCAGAAGCUGUGCGAAUUAGACUUUGCUCGCAUCGUGCUUCUGAUCAAGCAAGCCAUGCAGCGUCACUUGGAUGCCGUUCCUCUUCAGGUGGUGGCACUCUCCGGCUUGGCCAGGUUACUGGAGGUCCUGGCUUGCAAAGAGGAUGUCAUGGCUGGUGGCGCUGAGGGCCUGGUGAAAGCAGUGAUGGCUCGGCACAAAGACCAAGAGCAGGUCUGGACCUGGGGACGCAUCGUGUUGGACAAUCUCGGUGCAGAUCGACACUGGACCUACCGCCAAUGA